UUCCGGAAUUGUCUCAAUGUGUAUGUCCUUACAUUGGUGUGCUUGAAAGAAAUGUGCACGUUAAAUGUCAAUUUCUUAUAAGCAAUUAUUACAUUGUAGUUGACCAGAGCUGCUUUUCAGACCCAGCCAUGAACGGGCACUGGAGGAUAUUUUCACACUGUCUCUUUAAAAGUCAAACACACAAUGCACUCUCAUCUCCAAUUAAUAGCUUUUUGCCCUGGUUACCAUUCACAUGCACUGCACCUUCACGUACUAAUUCUAGCAACAUUAAGAUGCGCUCUUACUUACAGUUUGUGAAAAGAAAAAUCAGAGGUGGUACAGCCCCUCCAUAUGAUCAGGUGUGCCAGGUUGGAGACCCUGUGUUGCGUUCCCAGGCUGCAGCGGUGGACCCUGGUGCUAUUCAGGGACCUGAAGUGCAGAAGGUCAUAAAGACCCUGGUCAAAAUCAUGAGAAAACAUGAGUGUGUUGGUCUAAGCGCACCCCAGAUUGGCGUUCCUUUGCGAAUAUUAGCCCUGGAGUAUCCAAAGAAAAUGCUUGAGGACAGCUCACCAGCCUCUGUUGAAGCUCGGGGUCUGGUGGCAUUCCCACUGAUGAUUUUUGUAAACCCACAAUUGCGUGUAUUGGAUGGACGCAUUGUUACCUUUCAAGAGGCUUGCGGGAGCAUCUGUGGAUACUCUGCAUCCGUUCCACGCUUUGUUUCUGUAGAGGUCUCAGGUCUAAAUGAGAAAGCAGAGCCCGUCACCUGGCAAGCAAGUGGGUGGCCAGCCAGAAUACUGCAACAUGAAAUGGAUCACCUGAAUGGAGUGUUAUAUAUUGAUCGUAUGGACAGUAAAACCUUUAUUAAUGUCAACUGGGAAGAGUAUAAUGAAUAAACUUU